ACUGCCUGAAACCGGUCCACCAUGCCAUUAGUAACAAGGAACAUCGAGCCAAGGCACCUGUGCCGUCAGAUGCUGCCUAAUGUUCGGAAUGAACUGGAGUGUGUGACCAACAUUACCCUGGCAAAUGUCAUUCGACAGUUGGGCAGCCUGAGUAAAUUUGCUGAGGACAUAUUUGGCGAGCUUUUCACACAAGCCAACACCUUUUCCUUUCGUGUGAGCUCUCUAGUCGAGAGAGUAGACCGCCUGCAAGUCAAAGUCACUCAGCUGGAUCCCAAGGAGGAGGAAGUGUCCCUGCAAGGUAUUAACACAAGGAAAGCCUUCAAAAGCUCCACAACUCAGGACCAAAAGCUCUUUGUCAGAGACUCUCUCCCAGUGCCUGUCCUUGAAACGUACAGUGUUUGCAACACACCACCUCCUCUUAACAUUCUCUCCCCAUACAGGGAUGAUGGCAAGGAAGCACUUAAAUUCUACACAGAUCCAUCUUAUUUCUUUGAUCUCUGGAAGGAGAAAAUGCUGCAAGACACCAAGGAUAUCAUGAAAGAAAAACGGAAGCAUCGGAAAGAAAAGAAGGACAAUCCAAACCGAGGAAAUGUGAAUCCACGGAAAAUCAAAACCCGGAAAGAAGAGUGGGAGAAAAUGAAAAUGGGACAAGAGUUUGUAGAGUCAAGGGAAAAAUUUGGACCACCUGGGUACCACUCCAAUAUGGUGUACCAGAAUGGCAGCAUUGGCUCUAACGAAAGUGUAGAUACAGGCUACUACCCACCUCCUCCACAGCUGGAUUCAGGUUCGCCGUCUCCUCCUCCAGUCACGGAGGACAGCCUUCCUCCACCACCAAUGGAAUUUAGCUAUCCGGCGCACAACCAAAGUAGUUCCGGAGGCCUGAAGAAAUCAGGCCUGGUCAGCCCAAGCCACCCACCACCAGCUCCACCCAUUGGUUCGCCACAGGGAGCCCGGCCGGGUUUUGCACCACCCCCUGCACCUCCUCCACUGCCGCCGAUGGCGGGGAUUCCUCCGCCACCACCUCUUGCAGGCUUCCCAACCGUGGGGAUCCCACCACCCCCAUCCCCUCCUUCCUUCCCCCCCCACCCCGAUUUUGCUGCCCCUCCACCCCCACCUCCGCCAGCGGCAGAGUAUACCCUUGUGCCCCCACCCAUGUUACCCCAACAAGGUGGCGGUGCACCACCUCCUCCUCCUCCCCCACCCCCUCCCGGGCCCCCUCCUUCAUCCUUUGGUGGCAUGGAUGGCCCAGAGGCUCUUCCACAGCUGGACACAGCGUCCUCCAAGCCAAAGUCUUCACUGCCUGCUGUUAGUGAGGCUAGAAGUGACUUGCUUUCUGCUAUUCGUCAAGGAUUCCAGCUCCGCAAAGUAGAAGAGCAGCGUGAGCAAGAGAAGCGAGAUACUGUGGGCAACGAUGUGGCGACCAUCCUUUCCCGCCGCAUCGCGGUGGAGUACAGCGACUCGGAAGACGAUUCUUCAGAGUUUGAUGAAGACGAGUGGUCCGACUAA